AUGUCUAUUAUCCAAAAGCUCAGCUCUAUCAUUACGAUUGCAACAUCUUCUAAUUCGCAACUGCAGAAAUUGAAACCCUCAAAGGACGACGCGUUGAAAUUGAAUGUGAUCAAAUCAGAAUUUCCGAUGGCAUUCGACUUUUUGCUGAAGGCUCUCAAACAGCCCUUUGAUCUAUUACCAAGAUACCUGUGGAAUUUCCAGUAUCCGGAGCAACCCGAUAAAGCCCACCAAACGAAAUUCAUCAAAGCGAUGCAGUGCAUGCUGACAAAUUACUGGAAUAAUUGCGCAGUCGACAAGCAGCGUAUGGAUGAUCAUGAACGCACUUUCUGGAUCAAACAUAUCGUACCGAUAUUCCAGGCAUUUGGCAACCAAUGUGGCUUUGUGGAUUUUAGUUGGUGUGAAGUGCAGUUGCAUCAACAUAGGUUGCAAACGGCUGAUCCAUUCACAGGCGAACGUGGCAUCAUCCGUUAUGUAGAUGGAUUAGGCAAGGAUGACAAGCAGCAUGAAAGAGUUGUCAUGGAAUGCUCCUCUGGUCUGAAACUGAGACAAGCACACGCGGAAUACGAUACCAUAAAACAGAUUCAUAGUUUAAUGUGUAUCCACCAAGGAAUCAUUACAAGAUACCCGAACGCAAGCUGCAAGACAUUGGCCAGAGUGCAAGUGUAUGGGAUACAGUUGAUCAAAGAAAAGGUGACGCUUAGCUGA